AUGAGUUGCACAAACGCCGCAGCGUUGAUGUCCCGCAGAUCGUGUCAGCUCGACCCGCAGGACUCUCUCGACGAGCCGUUUGAUCGACGGGCAAAGGAAUGGGGAGGGGGGACUGCUCUUGGCUUCUUACAUGAUGGAACAGAGCCCCCGUAG